CAAUAGUUUGAUUGGAAAAACCAUCACCUGUGUGUGGGAAGAUUUAGAUCCAUCCAUAAUUCCCACCCGUCAUGUUUUCAAGCAGCGUUUCAAGGAUAAUCAACGCAUCUUCAAAAGCGGCAAUAAAACGUCGAAGAUGCAUUCCUACAUCAUCACUGGCUUUGCAGGCAAUCUAUCAACAUGGUAGUUUACAACAGCCGGAAUUCGAGCACAAACAGCAGGAGCAUUUUUUCUCUACCAAAUCGAAAAUACCUUCGGUUCCGUCUGAGAACGCGUCACCGUCCUCCACAACAAAAACAGAAGAAGACCAACCGCCAUCCAUUGCAACGACCGGAAAUAUUGCCUCCCACCUAGCACCGAUUCCGACCGAACGAGAUCUUGCCAUUGUUGGUGGCGUCUUUGCGCUGACCUCUGCAAAACGCGACAAACUCGGAGAGCUCCGAAACGCCCUCGGCGAGGGCGACCUUACACUAGACGACAAGGCAACCGACGAGGAGCUGAUGGACCUGUACCUGGCGGAUGGGCUUAAGCUGAUCACGAAGUGUACGGAUGCCGCGUUAGAUCUCUCGGGCACGAAGGAUGAAAUGAAACUCCUGAGCGACUUUUCUGCCUGGCUCGACAGCCAGCACGAUCCUUCCGAAGACGACGAACUUUCUCGGACGGCAAUGGAGAUCAAGCUUGAGCUCAUAUCGGCUAAACUCGACAACCUGCUCGGCGAGGUUCCAGCGGACACCUGCCUAAGGCACGUACGCGACUUUCUCGAUCCUGAAACGAUCCCCGAGGAGCUUGGGGAGGCCGGCGAGGACGAGAACCUUCUCUGCUCACUCGGCGGCGCAGAGAGCGACGCCCUGGACGUGGGAUCCCCCUUCUUUCGGAACGCGGUAGCCCGCUACCGCCUGCUGCUCACCAAGGCCACCGUGGACAAGGUGUCUGCGUCCUGGGAUGUGCUCACGACGGUGUCGGACGGCGAUAUCGAUCGCGCGGCCUCCGAGGGAAUCGCACUGGUGCCGGAACUCGAGACGGUGUCGAUAUCGGGAGUCCUCGGGUUCCUUCAAAAAACCGCCACUGGGAGCUGUUCCGAGCGCAUCACAGCGGCAUGGAACCUCAUGGACCGGGACCGGGACGGCUCCCUGGACGAGGCCGAGAUGAACCACGUGGUGCACCUCUGCCUCGGCAUCGAAACGGACGCCCUCCAGGUCCUCUUCAGGGAGGCCGUCGACGCCUUUCCGGUCCGUGCCCCCCUGUCGGCAAUCGGAGCGGGCAACGAAAAGGACGGCGGUGACGGCGACGUCGACAAUGCGGGCGCGGUGGGCCGCCAGGGAUGGAAGGCCAGGAGAAGGGAGAAAAAGACCAGAAAGACGCUGGCCAAGAUGUUCGAGCGCGCGUGCCAGCGGCACUUUGACCGCGAGCUCGAGAUCGACCACCGGCUGCGGUGCGUUUAUGCGUGGGCCAACAAGGCCGACCAGGGCAACCAGCUGAAGUCCGUCCUGGUCGACGAACAAGCCGGCUGGAGCGGGCGCAAGCGGUACGUGGAGCUCUCGCCCAAGAUUUCCGAGGCCGAGUUCCGGGAGGUCCAGGAGAUCCACUUCAGGCACCUGGACAAGCUGGGAACGGAGCUCGUGACGAGCUUUCGCGAGGACCUCUGGGUGCUGCAGGGAAAGGGGCGGGAGCGCAAGGACCUGGUCAAGAAUAGCUUCCUCUUUCUGGGCGCGGUGAGCGCAAUCGAUACCGCGAUUCUCUUGCUGUAAGCACUCGUCGGAUCGGAUUGCUCUAGAACGACUUUCACUGGAAGGGGUAAAGUCUGCUAGUAGUACUAGUAGCAAUGGAAUCUUCUAGUAUAGUAUAAGUAAUGAUACACG